CAGCGGGCGGCGCCUCGCAGAGGCGGAAGUGGCGGAGCCGAGGCCGGGCAGCGGCGGUGGCUGGAGGGUGCUGAAGAUGGCAAACAGCUCUGCUCCUUGGAUUGGCUGUGCUUAUCUCUUCCUCCAGUCAACGUGUAAGACCAUCAUUCUGCCAUCUCUCUAUGAGAGCUCCCAGAAGAAACCUAGUGUGUUCAAGGCACUGAAGCUGGCAUUAGCAGACUCCACCGGCAGCAUAAAUGGUGUGGACAUGCUCAAAGUGCACUGCAGCCACCCGCACCUGAUAGUCCAGCUCAAGUUCUGCAAGCAGGAGAACUGCCGCCAGUUCCUGCAGAGCUACCGGGAAGGAGCGCUCCAGGAGUCCCUCCAGAAACACCUCCAGCUCUCCUUAGCCGUAAGUGCAGUGCCUCUUGAAAUGGAGCUGAAGGCUGGCAGUGAGCACCUCGACAGCAUGCUGAAAGAUGAGGAUCGCUGCCUGGAAUGUAUCUACAGAGAAAAGCCAGACCGUCUGCGGGAUGAGGAAAUCACAAAGCUUGAAGAAUGCCUCGAGAGCCUGAUUGUUCACCAGAGCAUCAACAACAGCAUGGCUGUAAAAGACUGCACAUCUCUCAACUCCCCAUCUCUACCUGGCCCUUCUCAAGGCAACUCCCUUUCCCCACAGGUUACCUUCACCUUUCAGGGACAAGAGUUCGACAACAGAAUGCUCACACCAGAUGACCACCAGAAGUUUGCCAAGCUUGUGUCAAAGAAAUGGAAGCAAGUGGGUCGCUCUCUGCAGAAGAACUGCCGGGCCCUGCGUGAUCCUGUCAUUGAUAACCUGGCUCUCGAGUAUGACCGAGAGGGACUGUAUGAACAAGCCUACCAGCUGCUGCUCAGGUUUAGGGAGUCAGAGGGGCAGAAGGCCACAAUAGCACGGCUCAUCGCAGCCCUGGAAGAAAAUGGUCUCAUCAGCUUGGCUGAGGAGCUCCUGGGCCUCCAUUCCAGUGAGGACUGAUUUAGAGCCCAAAGGGUAGUGGCAUUGCUAAGAGCUUUCUUGCUUCAGCUAGUGUAAUGAAACUGCUGCUAGUGUCUGGGAAUGUAAACUCCUGAAAAUCACUGCAGGUUUCCAUGCAGGUGGGGAUGCCCAGGGGAGAGGUUCUGUGCUCACAGAAGCCAGCACAGACCUCUGACAUUCCUUGUUUUAUUCUGUUUCCAGAAGUCAGCGUUACUUACCCAUGAACUGGUGACUUCCUUCAGGGCUGAAAUGUCACAGGGAAGCAGCCAGACAGGUAGAGAGCAUAGGGGAUAGUGGGGGAGAGGGGAAAGCAGGGAAGGCAUCUCAAGAGAAUUUCUCUGGGAAGCAGACAGUGCCAGUGUUUCUCAGGCUGUGUGUCACAGCCAUCACCUGGAGAGCUGCAGUAUAUUUUUAAUACUGAAGGCAUUUAUGCCCUCAGAUGUGACAUCAAGCAAAGGCAAAGGGGAAAUUAAGGAAAAGUCAGUUUUACAUUGUUUUCCUUCUUUGUUCUUCAAACAAGCAACAUCUGUAGCAAAUGCAUUUGUCCUGCACUGCUCUAGUACAGCUGCUUCCCACCUCUCACCACCUGAAAGUGUUCUUUUACCUGGGACAGUCAGAAUCUUCCACAGGGCACAAGAUUGCUGCUGUGGAACAAGUUUCAGGCACUGAACAAGCAAUAUGGACAAACACAAAUUCAGAGAAUGAUUCCCAACUUUUUCUGGACUGUGGUGAACAAUAACAUACUGACUACCUUGGCCUUAGCUCUUUCCCACCAGCCAGAGGGAGCCCUCAUCUGUGAAAAGCAAAACAGUGCUGGAAGGAAAGUAGUCUCCUAGUCAGCAAGUGACCUGUGGUCUGUAGAGUGGAACUGCUGCUCUAAGGGGUGUUGCAGCAUCAAGUACCCUCCUGGCACCAGCUCACAGAGCUAAGCAGUCAUCUCUGACCAGCUGGCUGCUGGUACCUUCCCUCACUUCUUAACCAACUGCCCAUGGCCUCUGGAGGUCACUGGAGAGGAGAGUUCAUGCAGUUGUGUGUCCCAAGUGUUAGGAUCUGCACAGAGCCUUUCUGUGGCAGCGUUGUCACUGUGUGACAAUUGGGGAUCAGCUGCUGUGCCUGGAUUUACCUGAUUUUGAGGGUAAAAAUGGCUUAAAGCACCCAAACACGAGGGCUGACUCAUGCUUUCCGUUCCAGUGGGAGAAGCCAGCUGUCUCCUGGCAUGGUUGGGGGCCUACAAGAAAGCUGGGGAGGGACUUUUUACAAGGGCAUGCAGUGACAGGACAAGGGGGAAUGGCUUUAACCUGACAAAGGGGAGAUUUUGAUUAGACAUUAGUAAGAAGUUCUUCCCUGUGAGGGUGGUGAGACACUGGCACAGGUUGCCCAGAGAAGCUGUGGCUGCCCCAUCUCUGGCAGUGUUUAAGGCCAGGUUGGAUGGGGCUUGGAGCAACCUGCUCUAGUGGAAGGUGUCCCUGCCUGUGGCAGGGGUUGGAACUGGGUGAGCUUUGAGGUUCCUUCCAACCCAAACUAGUCUGUGAUAGGAUGUAUGAUAUGAUACGCAGGCUGCAACAAAGCAGAGUUUACACCUUUGCCCAUAACAUAGCACAGAGCAACAAGUGUCUAACAUGACAUGGGUCCUGUGAAGCACAACAGCAUCUUGAUUACCUUUGACAUAUUCCAAAUGCUUUUGCAGUAUAUUUUUGCUUACCCUUUUCCAUUAAUUCUGUCCCUCCUUGCCCUUCCCAUCCACUGGCAUAGCAGUGGGCCUUGGAAAGUAUUCCAGCGGCAGAGGGUGGCUCUGCCAGCACACACAAAGCCUGCAUGUGUACAUGAAUAUUGGGCUGCUGGCAGUCACGGUAGGACCAGCUUUCAGGCAGUCCAGCCCUGAUGGCCUCGUAAACCACAACUCGCAUCUUAAUCCUGCACUGGAGUCAAAGCUGUAAUUCAGUAAGGAUGAACACAACCUUGGGUUCAGGUGUGGACUCAGAUCUGAGCUCCUGGUGUUGGUGCUGCUCCCUUUGCUUCUGCUGCAAUGCAUCAGCCAGCUGAAAGCCUGGAUGAGCAGGAUUUAGCCAGCUUCUACCCAUCUGGGGUCCACAUGCCUCACAUGAGCUGAGCAUCACAUUCCUCAGUGUAAAUCUGUGGAUAAAAAGCCAGGCUUUGAAUCCCCAAGAUUAUGUACACAGUGUGGAAAGGAAACGGGUAUUAAAAAUGAGGAGGAGGUUUUCAGGGUGAAUCUGAUUCCUUUUUGCCCUUAGCUUCCAAGGAAGCAGGACUUCAUGCAGGCACCAUCUCUACAAAGAUUGUUGCUCUGUGACCUUUUAUUAAGCCAUUCUGUGUGAGUAUUCUUGCAGUCUCUUCUCCCUCAUUGCUGCUCGAUAUCUUACCAUCUCUCUUACAGUGCUUUUCCCAAAAUGAAGCAGAUGUAUGUCUGACAGUUUUGCCUUUAGGACCAGCACAGCAAUGCUGAUCCUAGGUCAGGCUGCUGUGGAACCAUACAUCAAAGCAGUUGCUUUCCUGCCAGAGCCAAACUGGAGCACUCUGAUUGGCAGCAACCCACCUGGCAAACGGUAUUUUUAAAACAAACAAAAAGUAGGCAGAAACUUGAAUAUUACUUUAACAAAAAAUGAUUGUUAAAAAACAAGGACAUAUGCAUAAGCCUGGUGUCUCAUUUGUAAUGAGUAUUUCUAAUUUCUCAGACUACCUAUUCCUGUGCACAACUUUCAUACAGUUAUAAGGCAACCACUGAGUAGUGAGAACUGCUAGCUUUUAUAGCAUCUGUUAGUGCUCAAAAUAAGAAAGGCUUAUUAUUCAGCAUCUACUUAAAGUCCAAAAUCCUUCUUUGCUGCUAUUACUGUAUUACAGAGGACAUGAAUGCUUUUUUUCUUAAUGUAAACCUUAUGUAUUUUUUUGCUCAGCCAGCAAUUGGCAUAUGUGUUCCCUCUUACUCACAGAUUCCCUCUCAAAAGUGCCAUUAAGUGCUGGAGCUCAUGUCAACCUUCCUGGAAUAUCAUCAUCUUUAACAGCAUUCACAGGUGCCUUCAUUGCAGAGACUCGAAGGAAAAGGGUUUUCCAGUGAUAUUCCGUGGUGGAAUUUUCUUGAGCACAUGGUUUGUUUGGGACCAUAGCAGUGGCUGUUUCAUGCUGCCUUUUCCAGAUCAGUCAUCAGCAUCAGAUGCAAUGAAAACUCAAUUCUGGUCUCAGGUGGACUCCUUCCUGCUGAAAGAACAGGGUUGGUUUUUUUUUUUUAUUAUCUGGCACAAACUUAGAUGAGACAAUUUUCCCAGAAGCCUCAGGAUUAAAUAGGUCAAUUGAAUUGUGAAUAUACAAUGUCAUUUGCAUUGAUUUGGCAUUUGGCUGGGGCUUGACCCUGAAUUUACUAGUUUUACCAAGAAGAUUUCACAGUGGUUUUCCACUAGAGUACAAAGACAAGGGAACUUGAUUAAACAGGGAAGCAAGAAGCACUCACAAAGGAAAAAACAUUAGUAGAGAUUGGUUGAAAAAGUUAGAGGUGUGUUUUUGCCUUGGAUAGUAAUGCAAAAAGUGGAACUGAAGAAAGAGCUAUAUGUUAGGGAUACUACCAGGAACUCAGUGCUAUAUGCUAGACGAUGUAGAUAAUAGCUAGAUAAUAAGCACCCCUGGUGACUGCCUGGCUGUCAUGCUGGCGGAAGGGGAGCACACUCUUGCUUUCUUCCUUGACUGUGCAAAGUUAGUUGUGCACGUACUGCACCUACUCAGAUGUGACAUGGAAGUGACACUCCCUUACUUCUGUUAUAUCGAUUAGCUAAUGUCUAGUGUGUGAGAUAAGCCAUGGGCAGUGCUGCUGAUGAUGAAUUUGGCCUGACCCCCUAACAGCACUUUUCUGUGUAAUGAGAUAUGUUGGGGAAAAAAGUAAUAUGUUUUCUGGGGGUGGUGGGGUUCAGAAUCAAAUAUGCAUCAAACCAGCACAAUACUAAACGCAAAUAAAGAUGCAAAUCAGAUGCAUAUAAAAAAAUAAAGCAGACAAAAUAUGAAACAGCAGGAACCAUGCUGAAAUCACUUACAGGAAGGGAUCCAAGAGGGCUUUUCUGUGGUAGAGAUUGUUUUUGUAGUUUAGCAAUGUUUCAGAUUUGAAGGAGGCUUCUUUCAGUCUGCCAGAAGGAAUAAAAGAUCCAUCCAAAGGAGAAUUUGAAUGAUUUGUUUUGGCAUAGUUGAGCUACAGUAUUCAAAGGGAUAGCAACAAACAGGAGAGUGAAAGUUAAAACACAAACACUUUGAGGUGAGGCAUCUGAAACAUGAGUGUACAUGUAUACAGUGAGAGUAUACCAUGAUCCAUGGUUGUCACAAAGGAAAAUAUCAACGCUUUCUGGAGGGUUGAGUCCCUGAAAGGCUGACUUUAACCCUCUUAGGAGCUUGCAAUACACCAUAGAUGAAUUCAUCUGCUGAGUAUUACAGUGCAGCCUCACAGCACAUAAAGAAGGUGCUCUCUUCCAGCAACUUCAGUUUUCCCUUGUCACCACUGCUUAGAUAGAGCAGUUUGUCAGGUGGAAACAGUACUUGACUCAAAAACAAGGAUGGGCUCAUUGUGAUUGAUCAGAAGCACUUCAGUAUCAUGAGCUGGACUUUAAAGGAAUCAUAAAAUUUUCUUCUGGAUUUUCAGAGUAAGUCUAAAAACAAAUGUCAACAACUCACAGGAAUACUUCCCAGAUUUCAAUUUUCAGCUUCAGCCCUACCACUGAAAAGAUGGAUAUUUGGAUUAUCCAUCACCCUUAUAGCACAGGGCUGGAACUAAGAUGACCUUUAAUGUCCCUUCCAGCCCAAACCAUUCUAUGAUUCUGUGAUUUUUUUUAAUGCAAAAUGGGGUGCUAAUGUCACAGCAUGGCAGGUUACAGAGCUUUAUUGAAAAAAAUUAGAGCCUCCAAGUAGAAGUUUCCUGGAGUUCCUUAAUUGGGAAGUCUCAGAACUGUAUUCAGUUCAAAAUCUGGGGGAUGUUGGGGCAGAACACAGAAUAUACUUUGUCAAGAUAUGGAAAACAUAAGGCAAAAAAAAAAGUGCAUAGGCUUAGGGCUGAGGGAAGCUGCUUGCCCAGAGAAGGCCAAGGUGCUUGGUACAGGCACUGCUCCAGACAAAUGUAUUUUCCCAGUGUGAGGAAAUUGUGGGGUUUUUCCUUACCUGUUAAUUUUGGCAUUCAUUUCAAAAUCCAGUUCAGCACUGAGAAGCUGUCUUGCUGCCUGGGUCACCAUAUUGCCUUCCCUCUAAGGUACCUUAGAAACAUGUCUGAGUCACACCCUGGCAGCUGUCCACAGACUCUGAAACCGUGAGUGAGCAUGCACAGCGACAAGAAGCCUCAGAUUCACUUAAACUCCUGGUUUGGUUUAACUGAAAAUGCUGGUAUAGCCUAGUAUUGUACACAUCUAACCAAAGAGACACUAGGAUAGGAGUCAAGAGGGUUUCUUCAGUCUAACCCACAUAAUGGUGUGUGUAAGUAAAAUUGGUGAGAUAUGCUUGUCCAAUGUAAAUCAGUGUCUGGCCAUUUGUCUUUUGUACAGAGGUGGGCUCAAACAGUGAGACAGUUUAAGGCCUCAAAAAUUUUCUUCUCUGGUUUGAAUUUUAAAGCCACUGGAGGGAUUUGGCAAUACAUCUCUAACUGAAAUCUGUAGGAGGUGUGUGGUUAAGUCCCUCACUCAUCAGUGGAAAAAUCCCUUGUUGACUUUCUCAUUCCAAAUUUCUGUAAUAUUCAGCAUCAGAUGUGUAUCAGCCAUCUACAGCUAUGGACUGCAGUGCCAUGGAUACUCAGACCUAGGACAUUCAACCUCCAACAAAUUGUCUUUCAUAGUAAAAAUUACUUUGGUAUAUUUUUUCCUCUAUACUUUUGUAUAAAUAAAUUUUUUU